GGGUAAAGGAGGUGCUUGACAACAGCAUAAAAGCAGCAUCAGGGAUCUUAUGAUUCACAACUUCGGAGGACGAGAGAGAGAAACAGUCUGUCGACCAUCCCAACAGAAGUGACCGAACAGAGAUGGCAGGUAGAAAGAUCAUGUUCACUGCAGUGGCAGAUGAUGGUGGAUACUUUGGACCCUUUGAAGCAGACAGAACAGUGGUUUACAGAAAAGUGAUUACCAACAUUGGUAANGCCUACGACGGGACUUCAGGUAUCUUCAAAGCUCCUGUUGCAGGUUAUUAUUAUUUUACCUUCUUCUACCAUGCUGGAGAUAAUUCUACAUCAGGCCUGAGACUGAUGAAGAGCGACAACCACAUUGUUGAGGCCUUAGAUGAGAAUCCAACCACUGCUGAUAAUGCAGGAAAUGCAGCAUUCCUGCAGCUGAAUGCAAACGAUGAGGUGUACGUGCGCCUGCCUGCAGGCCGUCGUGUUUGGGCUUCUGGCAGCACAACCACCUUCAGUGGUUUUCUGGUCAGUGGAAUGUGAGAAUUCAAUGACUCCACUUCACAGAUCUCAGAUGCCAUCGACCGAAGUUUUUCCAACAUUGUUCUGCUUUCGCUAGAAUAGUCCACCGUUAUAUUACAAUGUUUUUAAUAAAUGCUCAUAAUAAAGGAGUUUAGCCUGGACAGGGGUUGUAACCUCUUCCUGUGUAUUUGCACAACAACGUGAUAUAUAUGCUUAAAGCCAAGAAAAUGUCAAGACCAAGUAAAGUAAGGUUGAAUAACAUCUUGAGUGAAAUAAUGUACAUCCUGUUGUUGGCUAUAUGUGUUGUGUCUAAGUAGUAUAAAAACUGAGGGGAGACUGCCUCUCCUCAGUCAUAUCUGUGUGAUGCUGACGAUGGCUCUUGCUUGCAAACAAUAAAGAUCUACUGAGUAUCUGAA